AUGCGUCUUGUCACGUUGAGACAAGUCCUGCAUUGUGUUAUUGAGAUCGCAAUUGUCGUGGAAGCUAAUAUUCCAUAUAUGGUCCACGACCUUGGCCAAUUUCGCCCGCAAAAACUUUUCAUUCAUUCUCGAAUCGCCGGGCUGACAGGACGCCAGGGUGGAGGAUGCGAAAAGUCCUUCCAGCCAUCACCCACGAAGAAGAGCACGGGUACCACGCCGAGAUCGACUGUCAGAAUAGGCUAUGCGGGGAAUCGCACGUUGGAGCGCUCGAUCCGGUGCGUGAGGUUGCGGUAUUGCGGCGUGAAGUGCGCUUAUGCCGUUAAGUCUUCGUGCGGGGGACACGUCUGCAAGCCGAGUCUGACCGUCAUUCGCUAUAGCUCGAUCAAGUCGACUCCGCAUUGUUUCUGCGGAAUGAGUCGAGAGGAGUCACGCAAAAUGCGAAAAGUGCGCCAAAGAUGCAUGGCGCAGUGGUACUGCGCGGAAAUGGUUACACGCUCGAUGGAGAGCGGCCCGGCGCCUUCAACCUCCAGCUCCGCCCAAGACAUCCGCCAGCACUACCUACUGGAAAAGCUCGACAUGCGUCCGCUACCGGUUGAACCACCACCGCCGCCGCUAGAGACUCGCUUUCCGCGCGGCCCCACCACUAUCUCCGUGCAGCAGCAUGCCAUGAACACCGAUCUGAUUAACAAGGUGUCGGGAGGCAGCAACUCAGAAAAUCGCGCGCAUUGCGCUACGGCCAACCAUUUCCAGGUGACCGAGCGACUGGUCGCACUGUCGGCCAGUCGACGUGCAGUUCGGGCAUUACCCUGGGGCUUCCUCGCACUUGAUCCUACGGAUCCUGCCGUUGGGUGUUGCACGUUAGUCUUGCAGGGACAAUGGAGCUUUCUCAGCAUGUUGAUCGGAAUGCAAACCGGCAAGUUCGACAGUCUGACUUAG